AUGAGCGAAGAUAUUUUCCGCAAGAUGGGGGACCCCCAGAGUGGGAAACCAGCGGUGGGGAGCCUUUCAAUGGACACUGCGGAUGCUGACUCCCCUGCCGUGGACACCAACAACGUGGGAACCCCCACAGUAAUGAGCUUUAACAUGGAAACAAAAAACAACAUCAAGUACGCCGGAAUCUGCAUCUAUAAUACGAAUACGAAUGAGUUCUCCCUCUGUGAAUACAUCGAAAAUGAACACUUCACCAUUUUAGAAUCUUUGCUGAUACAGUGCAGACCGACAUGCUUCUUAUAUCUCUCCAAUAACGACAAACUGGACGACAAGAGGAUAAAGCUAAUACUAAGUUUGUGUGAAGUAAAACACCGUGAGUUAGGAAAGACUGAUUUUUACAACACAUGCUCGAUGGAAAAUGACCUGAGUAAGUUAUUAAAACCAACAGAAGACGUGAAGAAUUGUAUCUCCUUUUUUAAGAUGCAGUUGGCUUGUCGGUCAUUCACCAGCAUCGUCAAACAUAUGAACUUGCUCAAUGAUUACAGUGCUACGAAUAAAUGUCUACUAACGAAUUACAACAUAAAUAGGUACUUAAAAUUGGAUAGGGCUGCCACCAUCGCGCUGAAUGUUCAUGAGGAACAUAUGUUGGGAGAGAAGAAGACAACCUGCAGAAGAGGGAGCAACUUGACCCUCUACACCUUUUUAAACAAAUGCAAAACGAAGAUAGGGGAACGGAAGCUCCUCCAGUGGGUGAUGCACCCGAUAAGAGACGAGGCGAAAAUUAAUGAGAGGCUAGACAUGGUCAGCAUAUUAAAGGAGGAUGGAGUCAUGAGGUCCAUGAUACAGUCGGAUUACCUUCGAAAAAUUAGCGACCUCGAUGUUAUAAUAAAAAAGUUAAAAAUCGUUCACAGUAACGCGGUUCAGGGGGAGGUAGAGGGAACCGCGCGUAGAGUGGGGGCGGGAAAAAUGAAGGGGGGAAAAAACGUGUGCACUAUUGAAGACUUGGUAAAAAUGUACGACUCGGUGGUCGUGUCGAAACGGAUCUACUACUGCUUAAAUGAGUAUGAAGGAAAGUACAGAAACACGUUGGAAAAGAACUUCCUGACGCCACUGAAGGAGGUGCUCAUCAGCCUGGACUCCUUCGUAAAGCUAAUCGAACUGACGGUAGACUUCGACGAAUUGUCAAAUAACAAUUUUUUAAUAUCUCGUAAAUUUGACGAGCAGCUAGAAAAACUAGCUAGCGAAAAGGACGAAACGUUAAGAAUGAUAAAGGAGCACAGACAAGAAGUGGAAGACGACAUUAAUCAUCUGAAGGGAGUUAGCAAAAAGAACAACGCAAAGGAAGACAUAAAAUUAGUUGACUGUAAUGUAAACACGUUCCUAUUUAGAGCUGUUAAAAAGGAUAUAUCCUCAAUUCAGCAGAGGAAAAAAACCUACUUCCAAGUAAGGAUGAAUAAAAGUGAAAUACUAUUCACUACGAAUAAACUGAAGGAACUGUGCAAAAGGUAUGAAUACAUACUGCAAGAUUAUAACCUAUCGCAGGAACAGCUAGCUAGUAAGGCCAUCCAGGUAGCGUCAUCCUAUUGGGAGCCCACUACCAAAUUGGCAAAACUAAUUGCACAGAUUGACGUACUCAGCGCAUUUGCCUUUGUCAGUGCGUCUAGUUUAUCUGUUUAUGUUAGACCUAUUGUGGAGACAAACGGACAGGUACUACAACUUAUAGAAUCAAGGCACCCCCUUGUGGAGUCCAAUUUUCUGUUAAUGAAUAAUUUUAUUCCAAACGAUGUGCACAUGAAUAAGACAGACAAACGGUUGAAUAUUAUAACGGGCCCAAACAUGGGGGGAAAAAGUACCUACAUAAGACAGAUAGCCUUAAUAUGCUUAAUGGCGCAAAUUGGAUGCUUUGUCCCUUGCACAUAUGCUAAAAUACCUAUUUUUUCUCAAAUUAUGUGUAGAGUAGGUUCCUCCGAUAUUCAACUUAAAGGCAUAUCAACCUUCUUCUCUGAGAUGAUAGAAAUUUCAGCCAUUAUAAAAAAUGCAGAUGAAAAUACUCUUGUCAUUAUAGACGAAUUGGGAAGAGGUACCUCCACCUAUGAAGGGUUUGGUAUCAGCUGGGCGGUAGCUCAGUACAUCCUCAACAAAAUAAAAUGCUUUUGCUUAUUUGCUACUCACUUCCACGAAAUGUCUAACCUGGAAGAUGAAUACCAAGGAGCUACUAACAACCAUGUCGGGGCAAAAAUUGAUCCAGAAAAAAAAAAAAUUUCCUUCCUCUACGAAAUUAAGAAAGGCUAUGCUGAUAAAAGCUACGGAGUACAUGUGGCUCAGAUAGCCAAGCUACCGCAAAACGUUAUCGACAAGGCCUUUGAAAAAUCCAAGGAAUUGGAGUCUGUUGAAAAUAGGCACUACUUUCGGACCAAGAUGACCGGAACUAAUCAGGACGAUGUGCACAAGACGGACACACAAAACAAAACCCACGAUUUGUUGUGCAGUAUUUUCUCCUCCACAGAUGAGCAGCAGUUCAUUUCGCAGGUCGGGGAGCGUACCGCUGCGCUGAAGGAGGUGCUUCACGAGAUGUAG